AUGGGGGCCACAGGAAUGAGAAAAUUCCGUCUCUCUGUUGACCUUGCCACCCAUUUUCGAGGAGAAAUUAUCAACUCGGAUAAAAUGCAAGUUUACAAGGGACUUGAAAUUGUUACAAACAAGAUCACACAUACUGAAAAACAAGAUUCAGACUUCACAGCUGAAGAUUGUUGUUUGAAAGCUGUCAUCUAUAUAGAAAAAAUAUUGAAGACUCAACGUGUUCCAAUUAUUGUUGGAUGGUCAAAUUCGUAUAUCGAAGAACUUGUGGAAGAUCCUGUGUUCAUGCUAGUGGAUGAGGUGCGACAGAUUUUCAUUCCAGAUGCAGAUUACAGCAAAGGAAUCCGACGGUACAUCGGGGUCCCUGAAAUGGACAGAUAUUUAAGGGAAGAAACAAAUAUAGACGGAGAUGAUGAAUCAAAGAAGAUGAUUCUUCAAGCUUCAAUUUCAAGUAUCAAGCGUAAUACUCGUGAAAUUGAACCAGAUUCAGACUUCACAGCUGAAGAUUUUCGUUUGCAAGUUGUCGUCUAUACAGAAAAAAUAAUGAAGACUCAACGUGUUCCAAUUAUUGUUGGAGGGUCAAAUUCGUAUAUUGAAGAACUUGUGGAAGAUCCUAAAAAAAUACUGAAGACUCAACGUGUUCCAAUUAUUGUUGGAGGGUCAAAUUCGUAUAUCGAAAAACUUGUGGAAGAUCCUGUGUUAAUGUUCAAAUAUAAGUAUGAUAGUGGCUUUAUUUGGAUUGAUGUUGAGCAAUCAGUCUUGAACCUUAGAGUUGACAUGAGGGUUGAUCAAACGGUCAAAGCAGGGCCAGUGGAUGAGGUGCGACAGAUUUUCAUUCCAGAUGCAGAUUACACCAAAGAAAUCCGACGGUCCAUCGGUGUCCCUGAAUGGACAGAUAUUUAA